UGGAAGAGGUAGACGUUUCCAUAAAGCACAGAUCUAGGAUCAGUGUACCCUGUCCAUAUCCACCUUGAUGAGCAAGAGGUAAAAUAGCUCAACUGACUUGCAAUCAGUACAACUUUACGCAAAAGCAAAUAAUGUUCCAGGCAAGAUAAAUUGCUCUGAUGUUGCUUUCCACUCCAGGCAUACGAGUAGAUCACAGAACAUUCAAUCGAGCAAAAAUGGCGGAUGACAAGGAUCCCUUCAAACAGAUGAAGGAUCUCAACCAGCUCAAGAAUCAGCUGGAAGAGAUCCAGAAACGUGUGGAGAGUGAAUUUGCAGAAGGAAUCCCGCAGGGGGGCUCUGUGCUGGCAUCUCCCUUCCUGAAGGGCUUCCUGGCUGGCUAUAUGGUGGCCAAGCUCCGCUCCUCAGCUCUCAUAGGAGUGCUACUGGGAACAUUCACAGGCAUCUACGCUGCACAGAACUAUCAGGUUCCCAACAUCGAAAGCACCCUGAAAGACUAUAUGAGUUUGUUUAGAAAAUGACCCAAGUAAUGGCAAAAACCAGGCCUAGGCUUCAUCUUCUAACUGCCUGAGAUGUGUGGCACAAUCACCAUGUCUCUUUGUCAGAGGCUCAAACCUCUCCUUUGUAUACUGUAAAAAAUAUUUGGUUUUAACUGGA